UGCAACAUGGCGGUGAAGUGAGGCGAAGUCGCGGGUGCUGUGCCAUCGGAAAAUGUAUUUUUCGUAGUCGCCCGUAGCGAUCCCGUCGUACCUCGCAGUCACGCGACAGUGAAAUACGUGUUCGGGUGGUGUCGGACGGCCGGCGGCGGGUGUAAAUAUGAGCGGAGCGGCCGGCAGCGCGGCAACCAAGGUGACACCCCGCGGCACCGUGCACUGCUCGGGCACGUAUGGCAGGCACUAGCGAGAUAAGGGAGCCCAGCUUUUGUCCGUACGAGCCGCGAGUCGCGAGAGCAGCUGCCGCCGUGUGCGGUGAGCCAGCAGCACCGACGAGUAGCAGCGCGAUGUUGUGGCCAGCCCUGCCGAACUGUGAGAACAUAUACGCGAGAAAUAGAAGUUUCAUCGGUCACUGUGAUUUCUGAUCGUGCAUGCGUGCCAAACACGAAGAUAUAAGAGGGCGUUAAGAAGAUCCAAUGGUUUCCUGACAUGAUGGAGGGCAAGUUAUAUGUGAAGAAUGAGCCGGGACUUGAAGGGCAAUCACUCGCAAAUCCUCAGCCCAAUCCGUCCGCCGAGGACGGAGUAGGAGCUAGGAUUUGCUUCGUCUGCGGCGCCGUCGGCCACAGCGAGCACUAUUGGCUACGAGUGAAACCAAGCCCUGGUGGCGCGCCAAACGAACCCUACUUCCCGUUUCUCGAGUCGCACGAGCCGCCGAGCGGCUACCGUGGCGAGGGUGCCAGGACCGGUGCCGUCAAAGCGUGCAGUCUCUGCUACACUUUGCUGCUGCAACAAUGGGAGAGCUACGAGCAAGACGCCAGGCCUCACAGUCAGCGUAUUUAUUGGCUGAAGAGAUGCGAUGGCGGCCCCUUCACGGGGGCCGAGAUGGCACUCCAGGGCGAAUACGCCGCGCAGGUCCUGGGUUUGACGAACGAUCAAACACCGCAGAUGAGAGGGCAGGACGCCCGGCCGGUCGGCAUCUCUCCGCGAUUGCCACCGAACUCACCCUCGCCGAGAGUCGAGCAAACUAGACCGCCGUCGAAUUCGGUCGAAUUGCCGAGGCCACACUCGAACACAGCGGAAACGCAUAGGCACUUGGAACAAGCGAGGCUCACCAUGGAAUCUCCCCACCAGAGAUUGCACUCACCUCACCAAAGGUUGCAAAGUCCACGGCAGCCCGUCGAAGACACCAGAAUAUCCAAUGAGGCGGCGUUGGAUCUGAGACAUGCACCUAGGAGCUCACCUGCACCACAACCUACCUUACCACCACAACCGCAAGCUAUUUAUAGCGGUGGAUCGUCGUCCAGCGUCGGCACGGACAUCUUGGAUCUCUCGAUGCCGGACAAGAACUCGGCCACGGAGGUCUGUUACGUGUGCGGAGACGAGUUCAAGAGAGGAUCCCUCAGUCACAUCGCAGCGAAGCCACUGCCAAGCCUGCCGCAUCCUUCUGCCAGUCCUCCGCCGUUCUUUCCGUCAUUGAUGCUUCAUCCCAGGCCAAGUAGGAGUCGACCUAUGGACAGUGCCGGUCGAGUGCAGGCCUGCUCAACGUGCCAGAAUGACCUUUUAUUACAAUGGAAAACGUACAAGCAGCGGGGAACACCGCACGGUGAGAGAAACUAUAUGCUUCGCAAGCGGCAAGCACCUGCGACGGACACAACCACGUUUAUCUGCUAUACUUGCGCUCUCGAGUACCCUUCAUCCAGUAUUAGACUUAUGUAUUGCUGUGCUAAUCCCGAGAAGGAGGCGUACUUCCCCUUUAUUUGUAAUCUGAGACCUCCACAAGGAGCUAGUCCUAUUAGUCCUCAGGGAAUGGUGCAAGUUUGCUCCAUUUGUUAUAAAGCUAUCCCGCAGAAGCAGCAAGUGUUCGGCGGAGAAAAUCACGAAGUGCAGCCAGCCGGGCAGAGUACGGAUUUUCGUCAGCAAGGUCCUUCGCCACGGCCCGCUGUUCCGAAAUCUCCAGCUAAUUCAGCCGGUAGCGAUAUUCGCUUCAAGCCAUACGACUUAAACAAGUCAACGGUCGCUGCCAACAAGCCGCGCAGCACUACCGCGAAAGCGCCCGCGCCUGGGCAACGAAAUUCACCUAGCAACGGCCCCGCGGAAAAUGGGACCGUCGUACUUGGCCAAAAUUAUAGGUGCUAUAUUUGCGAGAGAUUGUAUCCACGUACUCACAUGGAGUGGUUAUCUACGAGCCCGGAAGGAAUGAAUUCACACGCCAUGCAUUUUCCUUGCUUAAGAGGAAUGGUACGCACGUCGGAAAAUGCCUGCAUGGACAGCCACGGUAGGGUAUUAGCGUGUAGUCACUGCGUGAAUCAUCUUGCGCAACAGUGGGAAAGUAUGGAUGCCGAACGGGUUCCUUUAGAACGCCGCAGGUACGAUAUUCCUAGUCCACAUCCAAAUGGCGACGUGAACCGGUCGAUCGCUACGCCGCCGAGCUCCAGCUCGGAUCGAACGUUCGGAAGCAAUCCGGGCACGUCGAGCAGCUCGAUCUAUUGUUUCUUGUGCGGUUUACACAGUGACUUGACCCUAGCUCGAGUCUUGUACGGUCGUCCGCAGGGCCGGAACGCGCCGUUUUUUCCGGAACUGUUGCGUCAUCAAUCUCCGCCGAACGCCGAACAGCUGCGCGACGAUGGCUCCGCGCUGGUGUGCACCUUCUGUUAUCAUUCGCUGUUGGCGCAAUGGCGUCGAUACGAAUCUCUAUCCGGUGGUCAGCAAGUGAACGCCGCUGAGCGGCAGUACAACACCCACGACUAUUGCUGCUACGUAUGCGGCAUCACGACGUACCGGAAGCGAGUGCGAGCCUUGCCGGUCAAGGAUUUCCCGUUCUUGAGGUAUCACAGGCAGCCGGAGAAGAGCCUGCUGCUGGAGAACGGCGACUUUGCCGUGGUCUGCUUGGACUGCUAUGAGACCCUACGCACACAAAGUCUCGAGUACGAGAGAUGGGGCUUGCCCGUCGAGAAGCGGGAAUACAAUUGGAUCGUGCAGCCUCCGCCGCCCGAGGACAGCCCCGAUGCUGCCAUAGCCAGGUUACCGUCCGGCGAGAGAUCCGAGAAAGUGGUUCCGCCGACUUUAACGGUCAGGCCAGCGCGCAAGAAUUGUUCACCAAAGGCUCCCGAUAAGAAGAUACCGACGAAAAUACCGGAGAAAGAACAAGGUCUACAGCCUGCCAGCACCAAAGCUCAGCCAACCUCGAUUGGCAAGUCCCACCGACCCAGUUCCGGUGUUCUACCUCAGGGUCACACCCCGGGACCUGGACCGGGCGGACAACAGAAUAGCAGGAGUUUCGCCGCAGCCUUGAGAAACCUGGCCAAGCAGGCGGGCCCGGCUUCUCAGGAAGAGGAACCCCGCGCCAGUCCGAAGAACCGGGCGCCACCUUCCUUGGUCAGAGGUCCUUCCCCUGCUAAGGAGCGAUCGACACACGAACGAAGACCUGAGGAAAUGUCGUCCUUGUACACUACGACUGCCAGACCUGUUGAAACCAGCAAACACAGCGUAACUGCCGCGGCUACCGAAUUGCUGGCCCGUUCCGGUUUUCAGCCGUACCGGCCCGAACACCAUCCGGCCCAUCCACCGGCAUUCGCCCUGGAUCCUACGACCUAUAGCGCCUAUCACCCUGGUCUCUAUCCACCGCCUCAUCUGCAACAUGCUUAUAGAUUAGAGGAACAGUUGUACUUGGAGCGGUGCGGAAUGCUGAGACCGCCAUUGUUUCCCGGACUGCCGUCGUAUCCUCUGUACGGAUUGAGAUACAGUCCAGACAUGCUUCCUCCGCCGCCCGCCUCUUUAAGCCUCAUGUCUCCUGUGAUGCACGAACGGCUGAAGUUGGAGGAGGAGCAUAGGCUGAGGCAAGCACGGGAGCAGGCUGCAUUACGGGAGGAGGAGGAGAGGAGAAGAGCAGCGAGAAGUUCUGCUUCCGCCGCACCGGUACCCGCUCCUGCACCUGCAUCUGCCGAUACUGCAGCUAGGAAGCCGACCAUAGCGACUCAGAUGCAUAGCGAACGGGAGCGCGACCGGGAACGCGAUCGGGAGCGCGAUCGGGAGCGUGAACGCGAGCGCGACGGCAGGGAACGACCGAGCGGCGGCAUCGGCGGCGGUGGAAACCCCAUCAGCAACAACAUCGGCAACCUCGCUGCUGGCGGCGGCAAUGCUGCUGCUGGUAGCGGCAUCGUCGGCAACACCUUCGGCAAUCAUCACCAGUCUCGGAAAGAGGAGCAGCAGCAGCUGUCCGCGCCGGUUCCACCGCCGCCAACGUCUUCCGAUCCAACGGCAGCGGCCAGCAUCUACCAUUCUCGCCUGCCGGCUUUCCCGACUCCGGUGGCGUCCAUCGGACCCUCCCUGGGCUCGACCCCGUUGUGCUCCGAUAACUCUGCGCCCUUAGCGUCCUCCCUGGGCUCCGCUUUGCCUCCCUUGAACCUCGGACCACCGACGGCGGCCAUAAGUUCCGCGCGGAUCGGUCCGCCGCAGAUACCCCCGAUACCUACGAUACCCACGGUACCUACAGUGCCCUCGAUACCCCCCAUCCCCUCCAUCUCCUCCAUCCCGUCUCUAGCACCGAGUGUGAUAGGACCUCCACCGCCACCGUCGCUGUCCUUAGGCAUGUCUCCUCUUCCGCCCAUCAUCUCCAUCCCGUCGUACCACUUACCCUCCGUGCCCUCGAGUACCCUUCAUUCUAGUCAGCAUACGACGAGUAGCGUGACCACUACCACGGUCACCACUUCCGUUUACCACCUGCAGCAACAGCACCAACCUCUACCGCCGCCGCCGCCGCAACACCAACAGCAACGCGUGAGCAGUACGAACAUCACGACGACUACGAGCUCGAUGUCGCACACACCGACGUCGAACGGCUUUUCAUUGCUGAACGCGAUGCAUCACAUGACCCUCAAGUCCCCGCCGUUGACGCACGGUUUCUCCAUCUCCAGGAGUAAGGAAGUGUCGGUCACGGCGACGGGGAUGUUUCCUACGACGACGACGACGACGACGACGACGACGACCACGACGACCACGACGGUCACAACGACCACGUCGCAGCCGGCUUUCGUCAGACCUUUCGAGGACUCGUUCCGCCCCUCGACCAAGACGCAGCCGAAGCCAGUGAUAAAUAGUCAUAGUCACAGUAUAGCCAAUCAGCUCGGUCACCAUACGCCGGAGCAGUCGCUAUUGAAGUCCCCGUCGAUCGCAACGGUCAGUCAACCUGUGGGCAGUCAAGUGAUGCCGGAGGGCUCGGACAGCAGCCAUGCGAAAGCAGCCACGAGCGGGCAAAAGCCAACGCUCGUCCAUCCGAUCCCGUACAUACCGCAACCGUAUCAUCCGCACAUACCCAUCCCGCAUGUGCCGAGUCUCUACAAACCGCCGCACUUUUCGUCGUUAUCGUCGCUCUCGUCGUCGCCCUUGCCGUCGCCCCUGCCGUCGCCCUUGCCGUCCUCGCCCUUGCCGUCGUCGUUCUCCUCGUCCUUGCUGACGCCGCAUCACUACCAACAGCAACAGCUGCUGCAGCAGCAGCAGCAGCAGCUCCACCACCAGCAGCAGCAACUGCAGCAGCAGCAGCAGCAACUGCAGCAGCAACAGCAGCAGCAGCAGCAGCAGCUGCAGCAGCAGCUGCAGUCGUUGAUACGGCCGUCGUCGCACCACUCUCAAGGCAAGCUCAACGUACCGACCACCACCACCAGCGACAGCAGCGUCGUCGGCGCGAAGCAGCAGAAUAACGCGCACCACGUAAGCGAGUCUCAUCCGACGACAACGACCACGACGACGACGACGGUGGUGGCUGCCUCGCGAAACGAGACCAACUGCGUUGCCGCCAGCGAAAAGGCGACGAGCAACAGUGCCGAUUUCAGCAACGCGACGGUGGCGGUUACCACCAGCGGCGACAGCGACGGCAAUAAAGCCGAGAAUGCGAUCGUCAGUCCGCAGUCGUCGUGCCAGAAUCACGUCGCGACGAAUUCGAAGGAGACCCCGAAAUCGUGCCAGCCUAACGACGAGCAGUUCCCGCCUCCUUACCCGGAUGUCGAGAACAACAAGAGCGCAGCGGUCGAUUGUAACACGCAAUGCCAUCCGAACGUCUUGUCCACAUUACCGUUUCAAUCACACUUUCAGUUCAGCAUAUGCGAGGUCGCGCAAAGGCCCAUAGAAGCGACGAGUCUGAUGCAGAGCAUCAAGUCGCAGGAGGUGUUGCGCACCUGCCAGAACGUCUCGAACAUGCUGCUGCAGAUCCCGAAGUACCAGGAGAAGCUCCUGAACUUCUCGAGCAGCAACAACGAGCUGACGAAAACCACCGCGUUUUGCUUUACCGACAAGUGCAAUAAUUUGACUGAGAUUUCCGUGAAGUGCGAGCCAGCGGCGGUGCUGAACGUGCCUGACCUCAGCAGGGCUCUGGUCAAGGAUAUCACCGACAGCGAGAUCACCUUUCUGUUGCCCGAGAAGGAGCUGACGUCGAGCCUCGAUCUGGCCGAGAAGAGGCGCAAGCGGAAGCGGGAGAAGAACGCGGGCGCCAUCGCGUGCAACUCGGACACGGAGGGCGAGGAGGAGACCAAGGACCUCGAUCUUUGGAUCACGAAAGGUCCCCCGGCCAAGCUGCAGUAUUCCGACGAGAAAUUGUCCUUCCUGGCCACGUUCGGCUUGACCACGCUGAAUGUCAAAAACGAGAUAGAAUUGUGUAAGGUCGAGAAGAGAUUCAAGUUGAAUCCCGAGCCCCCGCCGGAGCCACCUCCGGUGAAGGUAGAGCCCGUGGUAGAGUCCGUUUUACCGAUUCCGCGCGAGCAUCCGGACGUUUUACUUCACACGCCGGAUUUCGAGCCGAAGGUCGGCUUUCUCAGGACUAUAGGCCUCGACGUGAUGCCUCCUAACAAGAGAGACGAGGCAGAGGAGACGUGGCAGUACGUUCUGCAAGACCGCAAGAAACGGAAAAGCGCGAACUCCGUUACUGCCUACUGUGAAAGAAUCGCCAAAGUUUACUCUAAGAAUCCUCCAGCUUUACCAAAACCGUCUCAGCAAUUUCAAAAGAUGCGACUUCUGGACAAGGUUAAAAAGAACCACAUACCGGAACGCCCACCACCGCUACCGCCUUUAGUUCCGAAUAUUGUUUCGAUGUGUUAUCCUACUUUACCUAUGCCCGGUGAAAACGGUGUGAAGCAACACUGUAAAACCGUAGACAUCAGCGAGAGUACCGAAGAAAUGAGCGAGAAGAAAGAGAAGUCGAAGUGGACCGGAAUCGAGGAUAUUAUGUACGCUUAUAAAGAGUAUUUGAAAGAGAAGGCAUUGGAGAAGAGAAUUCUGACAAGCGAAACAUCAAAACUGGUGGCGCAGUCCAACAUCUUGCGUUCCGAAACCAUUCAGUUAGAACGGAAGAUUUAUGAGCUCCUGUCCGCUAGAACAGCCCUUGAUUCCGAGAGGCGAAAGCUCAGUGACAAAAUCGAACGGAUCAAAGCACUCAUUAGGAACCUUAGAUAGCGUCGCGUAACGCACAACACGGAAACUCAUUCAUCUGUGAUAUUAUCAGUGGGUUAAGGGCCGUUA